AUGUGUGUAGCCGAUUCACUUAGAGCCAAACAGCCUUUUCUUCGAAUUCCCUCCAUAGUUACAAAUAUGACACUUGAGGCCUUUCUACCCAUCCGGUUGGUGACAAAUGCAAUGGCUUAUGCCCGAGAAACUAUCCUCGCUGCUUCGAUUACUAUAAAUCCGACAGAUGAAUGUAUUGAGGACUAUCAGCGUCUCAGGUUUUGCAGCCUCUGUGCUGGUAUCCUGACGAUAAACCCAUGCAGUUUUGCUUGCGAUCAGCUGUCCGAUUUAUGCGCCCCACAACUAUUGCAAUUCGGUCCCCAAUGGAAAACAUUUAUGUCUGCCAUGCAGCAAGCCCUGGACCAGUUGGAUAAAUUCCCGCGGAUUCACCGUCCCCUCCAAAUGCACCUCACGGACGCAAUAAUGAAUCUGAAAUCGGUCUUCACCAGUCACGAGAAGGAGAUCCUGUCCAACUGUUCCUCUUUCGCCCCAACCCCUAAGCUUGCAGGUGUCCAGUGGCCUUACAGUGGCCCGCGACGUGUUCGUCGCCAGGCCCCGCGUGCAGCAGACGGAGGUGACAGCUACUACAGGCCCUCCGUCUACCAGCCCCCUGGCAACAUUCGACACCCCGCCGAGACAAAGCCGCUACCAUCGGUGGCUCUAGCAGAACAGGGGGUCUCGAAGCUCCAGGCGUGGGUCCGUGAAGUCAAACAACGUUUGGAAGUUGGGAAUGUCUUCUUCUUCUCCGAAAAUGUACCAGUAAAAACGGACCCUACGUAUGCCAUUGUUCACUUUAAAAACCCUGCAACUGGCCUCCGACGGGCCCCGAGCAACCCCAUUUACCAUGGCGCUUGUCCUCUGAUAACCUGCAGUAUGGCUUUUCGUUCCCACAUGUUUUUUGGAGCGCCGAACGCGCUUGCCGUUGCGUCUACCUGUUUCUACAUCUGCUCGUCCUGUGCUAAUACAGGCAACUUGCAAUCUGGUCAUUACCAACUUGUCCUUUGCUUGGAUGUCUUCCUUGCAUUGUGUUGGACGAUUUUCUACACCAAAGUCACUGUGGAGGCCUUCGGGAACCCAAGUGAAGAAUGCAUUGUUGAUGGUCCUGGGCUGACCAUCGGGCAGAGCAUCGCCCUGGCAACUAAAACACAUGGCUCCCCUCCCCUUCCCCCGCCCUCCCCCAAGUCAAAUGUCAGCGUUUACGCGAGUGCGACUUUGGUUAUGUUUAUUUUGCCCUGUCUCAACUCGCUGUGCUACAUGCCGUACAAUCAGAUGUCCUACUUGUUCGAUAACAUGGGCUCUGAACUGUGCAAUGCUAAGCGAAAUGGACCGCCACCCACCGCCUAUCGCUCAACUUCAAACACUUGCUGGAACGGAACUUCACUGGAUUCUACUACCUCAAGAUCAGUUGAGCCUAAGACCAUUGAUGUCUACUUCACGGAUCCUACACUUUAUGAAAAGGAACUCGGACUCCGAAAGGCCAUCCAGAACUUCGAAAUCUUGGGUCGGGUGACACAGGUCGACCCCGACAUUCUGCCUCUGGCCGAUCCUGCCGCAACCGUUCUUAAAGUUGGACGCAACGACAUGCCUGUCGACUCUGAUGAGGAGGCACUGAGGAGUUAUUUAACCUCCCCCACCUCACCGAACAGUAAUGAGAAUUCUCUUGGCGGUCAAGGCGAUCCCUCGCUCUCCCUCUGGGAGGAUCAGCAACCACCGUCUGCGGCUGCUGCCUUUGCGUCAGACACCGAAGCAGGCAGUGGCUACGGUGAUGUGCCUUUGCCCUACGUUAGUCCCUACUCCCCGCCGAUGGGCUACAAAAAAGAGGAUGAUUUCAACAACCCGGUUAUCCACCCUGAACAGCCGCCAGGUUCCAAUGGGGCACCGCCACAACCGCCACGAAGCUAUGUACCCGAUGACGAGGAUUUUCGACAACAGACGGAGAAUUCAGGCUACGAGCCGAUGGGCGUCUACGGCUACCCUGAGCCAACUCAACCUUCGUGGCCUAGACAACCCCAACCUCCGUACGAUUCAGCUCCUGUUGUGCCCCCUAUUCACUGGGACACGGAACCGGAUUCCCCUGAGGGAUCUGGUAGUGACCCUCUUGGUCCAAAUUGGAGUGUCAAACCGUCACCAGACUGGAAACCUUCCCGGUCGCCUCAGCCGCUGCCACCGCAGCAGACGGACUCGGGGCUGGUUGUGGGCGGUGGUAAAGUGGACAUCCCGGAUCAAAUAUGGGUCCCUGAGGGGGACGGCGUGGUGCACAUGUCUGUCCCUCCCUAUCUCCGAACUACCGCGGGCACCUCCACCUUUUCUCCUAAUUUGGCUGCUUUCUUCGUUGUUGGGACAUUGCAAAGGUGGCUAUGA